AUGCACCUGCUCAAAAUUGGUCCUCAUGGUGAGCUUAGCCUUACCGACGACCUGAUGAAAAAAGACAGACCACCCUACGCUAUACUCUCACACACAUGGGGCCCGGAUAAUGAGGAGGUGACUUUCAAGGAUCUAAAAGAUGGAUCAGGCCAGUCGAAGGCGGGCUACAUCAAGAUCCGGUUCUGUGCGGAUCAAACGCAAAAGGACGGUCUGCAAUAUUUCUGGAUCGAUACAUGUUGUAUCGAUAAGACGAACCACGUCGCUCUCUCAGAAUCUAUUGUGUCGAUGUUUCACUGGUACCAAGAAGCGCAAAAGUGCUAUGUGUUCCUGUCUGAUGUUUCGGCUCAUAAACGCGACAACACAGGAAAUGUUCAAAUCUGGGAAUCCACCUUCCGGACAAGCAGGUGGUUCACGCGGGGCUGGACGCUGCAAGAACUCCUUGCUCCGAGACGAGUCGAGUUCUAUUCUCGUGAGAGUGUGCGACUGGGCGACAAAACUACGCUUGGGCCGAUCAUCUCCAAUAUAACGGGAAUCCCUGGAACAGCUCUCAGUGGCAAAUCUCUUGAAGAAUUCACCCCUCAGGAGCGGAUGCGGUGGGCAUCCGGACGCGAGACAAAAAAAACAGAAGAUAAGGCAUACUGUCUCUUGGGAAUUUUCAAUGUGUCUAUGCCAAUUAUUUACGGCGAAGGAGACAUAGCCUUUGACCGGCUAAAAGACGAAAUCGCUAAAGAGCAUCGAAGGAAGUUAGACUGUAUUAGGCCAGUUCCUCUUCUCUCGUCCUCCCAAAACCUCGUUGCACCCCCACGUGGGACAACUACGACUCUUUCAGAGAAAGAAAUACUCAUUGACCGUCGAAAAACGAUGCUGGCCUCCCUCGGCUUUGAGCAAAUGGACUCGCGUCAGUCCACUAUCAAAAAUGCCUAUUCUACUACCUGCCAAUGGCUGUUGAAACAUCCGGCUUAUGUGAAUUGGAUUGAUCCACAGCAGAUACACGAGCACCGUGGGUUUCUAUGGAUCAAUGGGAAGCCGGGGGCUGGCAAGUCGACUCUGAUGAAGUUCGCUCUGUCACAGGCUUACAAAUGGACAUCUGAGGGGGAGAUUCUUCUUUCCUUCUUCUUCAACGCUAGAGGGGACCAGCUGGAACACUCAACAGUCGGCUUGUACCGAGCUUUACUAUUUCAACUCCUGACGGAGAUACCUGGCUUCCAGGAUCUGUUGGAUGACCAAGACGCACUAGAAGAUCGAAGUGAAUCUUCGGUGUGGACAAGAGGAAAGCUGUGUGAACUUUUAUCUACAGCUAUCACAAGACUCGGGGACCGGCGACUAACCUGCUUCAUUGACGCCCUCGAUGAAUGUGAAGAACAACAGAUUCAAGAAAUGAUCAUCUUCUUCGAAGAGCUAGGACAGGAAGCGCUUCGUUAUGGAACCCAGCUCUACAUUUGCUUCGCCAGUCGCCACUACCCGACGAUCGACAUUCGGUACGGUCGACAGCUGACAUUGGAAACAGAAGACGGUCAUGCUGAAGAUCUAGGGAAAUAUGUCCAGAGUCAUCUUCGAGCUGGAAAAGGCAAAUCAGUUGAGACGAUCAGAACACAAAUACGAGAAAAGGCCAACGGUGUCUUCCUGUGGGCGGUUUUAGUCAUUCCAAUGCUCAACGACGAAUUCAGGCGCGGACGUAUUUGGGCGGUCCAGAAAAGGCUCGAAGAGAUACCUGCUAGGCUCAGCGACCUCUUCAAAGAGAUCUUGAGCAAAGACUCUGUCAACAUGAAUGAUUUGUUGCUCUGUCUCCAAUGGGUCUUGUUUGCAGAACGGCCGCUGCGGCGAGAAGAGUUCUACUUUGCAAUGACGGCCGGUCUCGCUCCUGACUCUGAGUAUAUGACCGCCUGGGAGCCUGAUGGGAUUACUGAAGACGACAUGAACCGAUUUGUGCUCAGUUCAUCCAAGGGUCUUGCAGAACUUACGAGGUCGAAACCGCCGAUAGUGCAGUUCAUUCACGAAUCAGUGCGAGACUUCCUCCUCAAAGAUAAAGGCCUCUCGGAGCUGUGGCCGGAUCUCGAGAAGGGAACCACCUUAACCAUCUCUGAAGGGAAAAGCCACGAAUGCCUAAGGCAAUGCUGCUUGAACUAUCUCAACAUCGAUGUUGCCAGCCACCUGGGUGACGUGGACGAAUUGCCGAGGGCAUCGACGGAAGAAGCUGCGCGUCUCCGCCAAUGUGUGGGCGAAAAGUUUCCGUUCCUUGAGUACGCGGUUCGAAAUGUUUUGUGGCACGCCGACAAGGCACAAGCCAAGGAGGUCGACCAGAGUGAAUUCGUCCGCACGUUCCAGCUCGCCAGAUGGGUAUGGCUUGCGAACCUGGUCGAAAGACACGAAACACGCCGGCACACUGAGAAGGUGACCUUGCUAUACAUACUAGCGGAGAACAACUUGUCCAGCUUGAUCAGAAUACACCCAUCCAAUUUGUCAUGUUUCGAUGUCGAAGGUGAACGUUAUGGGCCACCGAUCUUCGCAGCCCUGGCUACUGCAAGCGACGAAGCAGCGCGUACGUUAUUGCAAAUCCAGGUAGAUGCCCAGCCCACAACAUCUCUUCUUCGCGUCAUCUACGACCAAUACUGUCAUUCUGGAAACAUGCCAAAGCACUUUCCACGCACCUUCACUUUCUCACAACGAAAAGGAAUUUUCAAUACACUCAAAGACCAUGACGAUGAUAUCCUCCUUGCAUUCUUCUGUGCUUGCAGCAAGACGGCCCUCGAGAGGAUCGGCAGGGAUGCUGAGAUGCUAAUCACCUGGGCGGUCAAGAGAGGGCACGAGACGAUGGUGAAGUCACUACUCGAGCAAGGUGCCGAUCGAGAAUCUAAGGAUAAGGAUGGUCAAACACUACUAUUAUCAGCGGCUAGGGAAGGGCACGAGGGAGUAGUAAAGCUACUACUCGAGCAAGGUGCCGAUCAAGAAUCUAAGGAUUCUUAUGCCUACACACCACUAUUAUCAGCGGCCGGGGGAGGGCACGAGAGAGUAGUAAAGCUACUACUUGAAUAUGGUGCCGAUCGAGAAUCUAAUGAUGAUUUAGGUUGUACACCACUAUCCGCCGAUCUAGAAUCAAAGGAUAUAACAGACCGGACACCGCUAUCGUUUGCGGCUGAGAGUGGGUAUGAGAAGGUAGUAAGGGUACUACUCGAGUAUGGCGCCGAUCAAGAAUCUAAGGAUUAUUCAGGUCGGACACCACUAGGAUAUGCGGCUGGAAAUGGGUACGAGGGAGUAGUGAGGCUACUACUCGAGUUUGGUGCCGAUCGAGAAUUGAAGGAUCCUUGUGGCCGUACACCACUAAUUUCGGCGGCUAUAGAAGGGCACGAGGCAGUAGUAAGGCUACUACUCGAGUAUGGCGCCGAUCGAGAAUCUAAGGAUGAAGAAGGUCGGACACCACUACAGCAUGCGAUUCAUAAAAAGCACGAGGGCGUGGUCAAGCUACUCACGUCUUACCAGGGAAAAGGACCACCACAGUCCCCAGAGGAGCAGUCAACAGGAUCGGAGUCGAGUACUAUGACUCCACAAGCAGAACCCCCGGAAGCUCUUCCCGUUGAGCAGUCAGAGCUACAAUACAUAUUUGCGAUAGAAGUGGAAGGUUGGGUGGAUGGAUACCAACGGGAACAAGCAGAAGCAGAGGCAGAGGCAUGGGGAUUCGAUGAUAAAGACGGACAGAUAUACAUCUGA